CUUUCUCAGGAUCGUCUGUGGUGUUGGUCGGCGUGCAGACGCUGCAGGAUGAUUGACAGCCUCAUUCCCUGAUUGGAGCCCCAGGAUGCCAAUGGUAUCAGUGGGUGGCGCCACCUCCCACCACGCUGUACAUGUGGCUCUGACCUGCUCCUGGUUUCCGCUCCUCCUCCACAUAGCCUUCGCUCAGAAAGCUGCCAAGCUGCCGCUGGUUGGUCGCAAGCCUUUCAUUGCGGCGUGGAAUGCCCCGCUGGACAUGUGCGCCAUCAAGUACAAUGUGACCACCCACCUCGAUCGCCUCUUCCACGUCCAUGGCAGCCCGCGAGCUGUCCGCACCGGUCAGAACGUAACCAUCUUCUAUGCCAACCGGCUGGGCUACUACCCCUACUACACUGAUCAGGGUCACCCGGUGCAUGGAGGACUGCCCCAGAACAGCAGCCUGGACCUGCACCUCCUCAAGGCCUACCAGGACAUUGUACACUUCAUCCCCACCCAGGACUUCAGAGGCCUGGCCAUUAUCGACUGGGAGUACUGGCGACCGCAGUGGAACCGCAACUGGCACAAGAAGGAUAUUUACCGUCGCAAGUCACGGGAGUUGAUCGCGAAGGCCUAUGUCAAUGUGAGUGAGGCACAGGUGGAGGAACUCUCGCGCCGCCGGUUCGAGAAAAGCGCCCGAGCAUUCAUGCAGAGGACCAUCCAGUUGGGGAUGCGGCUUCGCCCCAACGGCCUCUGGGGUUUCUAUCUGUACCCGGAUUGCCACAACUACAACCUUCAUGAGGAAAACUACAUGGGCGCCUGCCCUCUGCUGGAGAGACUGCGUAAUGACGAGCUGUCGUGGUUGUGGAACAGCAGCACAGCGAUCUUCCCCUCAGUGGCCAUAAGAAAAAGCCACACCAACAGCAUCAGUAACCUUCACUUCUCACAACACCGAAUCCGCGAGGCGCUGAGAGUUGCCUCACUCUCCUCCAAAGAGUUCGACCUCCCCACAUUCGUCUACCUGCGGCUGGGAUACAGAGACGAGGCCAUGGCCUUCCUCACCACGAAAGACCUGAUCCACACCAUCGGGGAGAGUGCCGCUCUGGGUGCCGCUGGUUUCGUGAUCUGGGGAGAUCUGAACCUGACCUCAUCCAGAUUCAACUGCACCAAGGUGAAGUCUUUCCUGAGUCACCGCCUGGGGCAGUACAUCACCAAUGUGACGCGUGCCGCUGAGCUCUGCAGUGACUUCCUGUGCCAGAACAACGGGCGGUGCAUACGCCGCAAUCCACGUGCCCACCAUUACCUCCACCUUAAUGCCAACAGCUACCACAUCCAGCCGUCUGGAGAAAUAGACUUCACAGUGACAGGCUGGCCCUCCCAACAUGACCUUCAGCUGCUGUCGGAGCGGUUCCACUGUCACUGCUAUGAAGGACACAGUGGGGAGCACUGUGACAGCCUGAACCAGGUGGUGGAGGAAGAACAGGAGGAGGUGGAGAGGGAGAAAGAGGAGGAGAGGUGGAGAUCUGACUGGGAGGAGGAGCAGGUGGAGAAAUGGGACGGCAAGGAGAGUUCAGCUGCAACCAGCAUCCACCUUAAUCUAAUGUUGUUCGUGUUGGUUUUAAACUGGUUGUUCGUCCGGCUGGUCGUAUGA